AUGAUGAAUAGUGACCAUUAUAUGGAAUGUCACACAUUACCAGCAAUCAAUGAGACAUUUUCGCAGUUUAGUGCAAGACCGUCGGCAACAAUAUCUGCUGCAGCUAAAUUGAUAUAUUCACCUUUAGAUUUGUCAUUGCGUGCUGGUCCGAAUAUUGCCCCCAUAACUCCACCAACAACACCGUCGCCACCAAGGAAACGUCACAGAUUAAUGUCAGAAGAAAAUUACUUGUGGCGGCCGCAUGUGCCGGCCAGAACGUCACCCUCAAUUUCCACAUCCGCUUCAGCUUCAACAUGUACGUCCACAACCCCGGCUUUGCUGGAAUACACUAAUCAUUAUUUGCACGGUAUGUGUUACCCAAAACGUGAAGGUUUCUAUCCGUCAAUGUCUGAAGACGAAGUAUGCAAUCACAGCGACGUACCUAAUUAUCUUGCAGCAGAAAACAAUUUUUGUGAAAUACCAAAAAGUCAACGGUCCGUUAUGAUGUUAUCAACUAAGGAUAACGAACAAGAGCAAGAAGAACACCAUCAUCAUCAUCAUCAACAAAAACAGUCAGAUAUAAGUGCAAUUUAUGUUGACGAUGAAACGAUUAUAUUGACCGAAGAUGACGACGAUGACGAGGACGAUGAUGGGAAAGAGGAAGACGAAGAAGACGAAGAGGUAGAAAAUGAAACACUUGUCAGUUCGCAAGAGUUUACUGACACUAGAGACAUAACAGAGGAAUCCAGUGAAUUUACUGAAAUUGCAACAACAACAUCAUCAUCAACAACAACAGCAAUAGCAGCAACUAAAACAUUAGGAAAAAUUCGCCAAGAGUUAGUCGAUGAUGAAGCAAAAUCCACUGUCAACGUUGAAGAAGAGGAGGAGUACGUGGAUAUUUUGAGUAAUGACGAUGACGAGCUAAAUCCUUUAGCGUCGGGUGCCAAUACAAUACUAAGAUUACAAAGUCAAGCUGAGCUGGAGCAAGAGCUAGAAAAGUCCGGCAAAGUCUUGACACGUAAUAAGUUGAUCUACGACAAUGAGGAGAUGCACAAUAAGGCUGUAAAUGGUUUGGACAAGCUAUUCAAUAGAGAUUUUCAAAGGCUAACGGACAAUAAUGAUGCGGCAGAACAAAACGUUGCUAAAGAUACGAAGAAAACUUACAUAGACUUAACGAACUGUCAACGGUCACGAGAAACUUAUGAACCGCCACAGCAAAUCGUAGCAAUAGAACAAGAGAAAAACUAUUAUUGUUUACCGUCGGCGAUUGGUAUGGGUUCGUCGGGGAGGCCAUCAUAUAAAACACAUAAAACAGAACGUAAGCGCAUGAAACUACGUAAACAGAUGUCGCUGGAUGAGGAAACAUUAAGUCCCGUUUCCGGCACUAUAAUACGCAAGUUGCGUGACGACGAAGAGUUGGUGGUGCGUAAAGGUGACAUUGAUCCGGCUUUCAAUGUAGUCGAAGUGACCGAAGAAGCUAAAGCGAUUUUAGCAAGCAUUGACAAUAAAAUUGGAGCAUACCUAUGUCAACUCUGUCGCACUUUAUACGACGAUGCGUUUAAAUUAGCGCAACAUCGUUGUCCGCGUAUCGUUCAUAUCGAAUACAAAUGUUCCGAAUGUGAUAAAGUUUUCAAUUGUCCGGCUAAUUUGGCUUCACAUCGCAGAUGGCAUAAGCCCAAAUCUGAGAUAUUGGCCAGCAGUCAGUCCAAGAAGCGUUUAAAUCAAAACCAUUUCUCUGAUCAUAUUAAUGAGACUUCACAACAACAAAAACCAAGCACAGAUGACGUUGUUGAUGGAAUAUUCCCCUGUACACAAUGCGGCAAAACAUUUCGCCGUAAUGCUUAUCUGAAAAAACAUCAAGCUUCUCAUCAGAUGUUGGACAAUUUAAAACAUCUAGAUGUGUUUAAAGGUCCAAGGAGAGACAACCCAAACACUUUCCAACAAUCUCCUCAAAUUUUUGGUUGCUCUGCGAUAAACCCGAACCAAAGAGGUAACAAUAGCGCUUUGUAUUCGUCGUUUGGAUCUCUACACGCCUCUCGCCCUUAUCCAACUCGUUUUGGAGCCUUGCCGUUCAGUCCCCCGUUCGAUUACAGACGUUUCUACUCAUUAGGUGAACUGUACUUAACUCAGCAAUUGGAUCGUUCAUCAGCCUUUCAAUACGUUCAUGCUAACCAUUUGCGUAACUUAAACAAUAUGGCGAACGUAGGCAAUUUUAUUAAUCGUCCAAUGGCGAAUUCACCUUUAAUGCCGCUACCGGUGAAAUGACAAAAUGUUC